UGUGGAACUAGCAUCUACGAAGAGUGCUAAACUUGACUUUGAGUGAUCAAGUGGACACUUCAAGAGCCUUUCAAGACUUCAAGCCCGGGAAAGGGUCUGAAAUAGCUGUAUAGUGAAGUGGAAAAAUCAUGGAGAGUGACCAGCAACUGAAUUACUCAACAACUUUACCCUUAGAGGCUGAAAAUGACUCCGUGUCCCCAAUUUCGAUUGACAAUGAAAGUGUCAACAUCUCAACAUUUGACACUGCUGCCUACAUUGCUCAAUAUUUGGGACCACAGCGGGUGGAAUUGAAAGUAGCUCUUCCCAUGACAUUGCUCUACUGCUUUCUGUGGCUCUGUGGAAUGGCAGGGAAUGUGACCACAUGCUUGGUUGUGAUCAGGAAUCGCUACAUGCGAAAUCAAACCUACAUCUACCUUACUAACCUGGCCAUUACAGACAUUCUCACACUGUUAGUGGCCAUGCCCUUGGAGGUAUAUUCAAUGUGGCAUCAAUAUCCUUGGACUUUUGGCGAGUACGUCUGUGAUGUCAAGACCGUUCUCACCGAGGCCGUCACCUGCGCUUCCAUCCUGACCGUGGUCACUUUCACCGUGGAAAGAUAUUUGGCCAUUUGUCAUCCCUUGCUCCUGGCCACUCAUUCCAAAGCCCAUCGAGCCUUCUGCAUCAUCUUGGGGAUUUGGACCUUUGGGAUCGCUUACUCUAUCCCAUGGAUCAUUCCCACCAAGGUCAACUAUUUGACUCAUCCUCAGAGUGGAGCCUCUAUUCCCGAGUCCGCUUGGUGUGCCAUUCCGUUCCAAGACAUGAGCAAGGCCAAGAUACCACUUAUAAUGAUGAUUGUGACCACCCUUCUGUUCUUCGUGAUGCCUUUCAUUGUGGUCACAACUUUGUAUUGUCGAAUUGGUAAAUCUAUGAAGUCAAGCUGCUCGUUAACAUCUUGUACUUGUCGGGGAUCCGUGGAUUGUUCCGUUUGCGAUGCUGAGCAAAGAGGCCAUAAAUCUCGCAAAACUGUGAUUAGGAUGUUAAUGACCGUUGUGAUCUGCUUCUUCCUGUGUUGGUCACCCUAUCAUACCCAACGUCUGGUCUUUGCCACCCUGACCUUAACCGGUGGUUGGAACACUCAAACUACUUACAUUCAUUACUAUCUGUGGUUAGCUUCUGGAAUCGGUUAUUACGUCAGUUGUUGUAUCAACCCACUCGUGUAUUGCGUCAUGUCGAGAAGAUUUCGCCGUGGACUCAAAAAUGUUUCCAAUUGCAUGGCGUCUUCAAGCAAUUCAUCUAUUGCAACUGGAAUGGGGAACAUGAUCGCACGAAGUCACCUGAAAAUAAAGGUCCAAGCUCCAAAGACCUCCCACCCACCUCUCCCAUCCUUGUCUUUCCGCAAGAGAGGAAGCCAAUCCAUUCUAUCGAGUAGACAUCGGAGCAAACCUGAUCCACCUCUUACAAGUCCAACUUCCAUGCCUUUAUCGUGGCGAUGGGGCAAGAGAAAGACCACGAAUUCAUCUACAGAGAGAAAUGGUAGUGAAGUCACGUCUGGUCGCCUGUUCGUGACCCAUCACAAGAAAAGACGGGUAAUUGUCCACGAGGAGCUUUCCGACAAAUAUUUCUCCGAGUCUGGCCAUCGUGAACAUUCCACGCCAGAUAUUCCCACACAUCAAGAACCUCGAGCAGAUAUCGCUGUACUCCAAUAGUUAUAGACAGAUCAAUGUUGACGACCUUGAGAAUAAUUUUCUUCGCAAGAUGGUGAAUGAUCUGUGAUUGGAACAACCCCAAAAUGAUCAUAAAUGGCGCAAUAAAUCCGUUCCCGAUGUCAGAUCCUAGUCUAAAGUGGACGUUGUUGGUGUCAAUUUCAUAGUUCUACAUGUCUUGCGUCUCUCCUCUGUGAUCGUGUGUGCAUUGAUUGUCAUUUAUUUGUUGAAAUAAAAAAGUCAUCACACCUUUCAUAAAUGGCCGAUAAUAUGUUUCAGCUAUCAGACCUGUGAUAUGAUUGUGACUGGAAUAACAUUUACAUAAGGACACCGAUAUUUUCAUAUAAUUUCAAUUAAUCAAAUUUCCACUUGGUGUGAUUCUUA